AUGCGCCCUGUUCUCGCCAGCGCCAUCGCGCUUCUUCUGGCGACUGAGGCGGCUGGCCAUGCCAUCCCAGUCGUCGAAAGCAACGACUUAGUCGCCCGAUCCUCGACGUUCCGAGCAAACAACGGCGUUCAGUUCGCCGUAGAGACGGGCUUCGACCAUCACGGCGGAGAUUACAAGUCGAUUACCUCCAACAGCCUUCACGACUGCAUCAAUGUCUGCUCAACCCAGGCUUCAUGCCGCGCCGUCUCCUAUUCCGGCAAGACAUGUUGGCUAAAGUCUUCGGUCAACGCCGCUGUCAAAAAUGGCAAAGUGACUGGCGCCGUCCGUACACAAUAUGCACCGACUCCGAUUACUUGCCCGGCAGAUGGAAGCAGUCGGGUGAAGAUGGCGGAUGGACGGUACUUUACCGUUCAGUGCGGAGUUGACCAUCCUCAUGGUGACAUCAAGUCGACACAAACAUUAGACUUUGCCAACUGCAUCCUCCUCUGCGAUGAAACCAAGGGCUGUGUCGCUGCUACCUGGCGGACUGGAACGUGUUAUCUGAAGAAAUCUUUACAGUCAGGGGCUGCUGGCACUGGAGCCAGCACAGCUGUGUUGACUUCGUUGUUGCCAGCUGCCCCGGCUUUCUGCCCAGGUCCAAGUGGCCAGCAGAUUAAGGAGACCAGUGGUAGAACCUUUACCGUUUCUUGCAACAGUGAUCAUCCUGGCAGUGACCUAAGGAACAAGCUACUGGCUAAUUUCGGAGACUGCAUUGCAUGGUGUGACGAGACGACCGGCUGCGUUGCCUCUAUCUAUCACGAUGGCCGAUGCUGGCUGAAGAGCAAGCUCACAGCUUCUACGCCACGAACAAACAGCCAGUUCGCCGUACUAAGCUCCGCGCUUAGCCCUCCGGCUUCUCUCUGCCCGAGCCAGAGCGGCAAGCAGAUCAAGGAACCAAGCGGCCGUAGCUUUACUAUCGCUUGCAACGUGGACCGUGCCGGUGGUGAUUUGGCAUCAAAGAAGCUCAACAACUUCAACAGCUGUAUCACUUGGUGUGACCAGACGAGCGGUUGUGUUGCUGCUGCUUACCAUGACGGUGAAUGCUGGCUGAAGAAGACGCUGUCAAAGACUUCAACUCGCGCGAAUGGCCAGAUUGCCGUGCUCAGCAGCAAGUUGCCACAGACGUCUACCCACACUACAUCUACGUCCACCAAGAAGACUACAUCGACAUCCACGAAGAAAACAACCUCGACUACCACUACGAAGAGUACAUCUGUGUCUACCCAAAAGACUACAUCAUCAACUGCCAAGGCUUCGUCUACGUCGACUAGCUCUCAGUCCUCUCAGUCCUCUACCAGCGCUUCUACCUCAAGCAAUACGCUUAUCAGCUCUUCUAGCUCUAGCUCUGCUGUUACCUCUCCUCCAGCUGAGACCACAACCGCCUCCACGCCCACGACAGACUCUAGCUCGGAUAUUUCAACAAGCCCCCCAGACACUACAUCAUCAAGCGAUGUUCAGACUACUACUGGUCCUCCAGCUCCUCCCGGCACCGCCCAAAUCCCAAGCGGACCCCUUACCCUUCCAGCUCAGCCAACUGUCACUCUUCGUCCAUUGGCACCUCCAAAUGUCGAUGUUGCAGGCACCGAAGUUAUCACCCCCAAGGAGGUUUCGCAGCUCUGGUUUGGGAGUACAUCACCGGGAUCGGAUGACCCAGAUGCGGUCAACUCUCCCACAGUCCGCGUCAAUGUCACCUUUCAGUAUCCCUCGGUUAUACUUGACAACUCUAUCAACAUCCUCAAUAUCCAGUGUGACUCGGACAAUAGUCUGUCUGCCAGCUUUGAUGGAGCCAAAGCCUACAAUGCUGCCAAGGAAUCUUGGGCUGAGGCUGAGGGUAGCGGCAACACUCUCAUCAUCAUCACCGCAGCUUCUGGGUGCAGUUCAGACGGUCACUAUGUCUAUUUUGUCGCUACUCACAUUACCUUUGACGACGCGACCAAGUCUGUGAGCUGUUCGGGUUCUAUGAAGUCGGUUGCCGACAUUGCUCAGGACGUUGGCGUCGACUUUGGCUCCAUUGAGACUUCUGUGCCAACUCUUGAACCAAAUCCUGAACUUGCGGCUACCUAUGGAUGUACCGCACCCAGUGAAAACGAGGUUGACGGUUUGCCAGCUAUUUACUGCGGUCCUGAUUUCGAUUACCGCCUUAACAACAAGCUCGGCUACUACUCUGUUGCAGAUGAAGAUCUUGAUGCCACCUUUGCAGCCGUCAUACCCGGAGUCCAACUCAGCGACCUUCAGAGCCGAGCCCUUCUUGAGCGCAGAUGCUGGCCCUCUUUUGCAUGCAAAGCCGUCGCUUGGGUUGAUCACACCGCAACUACGGCGUACAAUGCAGUCAAGGACGAUGCCAAAUCCAUUGGCAAUGGAAUCGCAAAUCUCGCCACAAAUCUUGCAAACGAUGCUGUAAACAACUUGAAGAACCUUGGAAAUACAGUCCUAAAUGCAGCCGAAGGCUUUGCCAAGGGCCUGCUUGCAGCUGUGACAUUCAUCAUCACGGGCGACUAUGACCGAUCGUUUGACUUUCCCGUGCAAGCUACUCCGCCAAAGAGCGCGCUGGAUGACUCUCCCUGGGGUGAUGGCUUCAAGUUUUAUACGUGGACUCCUGAUAAGGGCGAGUACUGGGAUGCUCAGAGCGCGGCCAUUGACAAGAUCAAGGGCGUCAUCAUUGGUGAGGCGGAUCCGGAGCCCAGCAUUGAGCUUUGGUGUGUCGAUUGCCAGGCCAAUGGUAAACUCAAGCUUGAUGGAAGCGCCUCUUUCUCUCUCAUCAACGGCCUCACUAAGGCCCAGCUUUCUUUGGAUGGAACGUUGGAUGUUGGUCUUUAUCUUGGCAUGAAUGCUUUUGCUGAGUGGAAUCCCAAGGAGCAGUACGACUUCCUGUCCGUGGGUCUGCCCGGGCUGUCGAUCCCUGAUAUUCUCACCAUUGGCCCCGUGCUGUCUCUUGGAGUGUCUGCAGAUUUGGAUAUCGCUGCCGUUGGACAGUAUCUCGUCGGUGCUGACAUGCAAUGGACGCAGCUGUCAGCUAAGCUAGAUGUUCUUAACCCCAGAAGCUCUUCCAAGUCAGGCUGGAUACCAAAUAUCCGGGACACAGUUCAGGCUGAUGGUAGUUUGACAAUCAACUCUACUCUUGGUCUUCCUAUUACCCUUGGAUUCGGUCUCAAUAUCCUUAAUGGUAAAUAUGAGAAGGAGAUUAAGCUUGUCGAUACCCCCGGUGUUCGUGCUAGCAUGGAAUACGACUUCACCAACGAGGUCAACAACGGCGAAGUCAACACUGACCCCGAGGAUGGCUGCUACGGCAUCCACUGGAGCGUCGGCAUGGUCAACACCGUUGUGCUCGAUCUCUCUGACAUCAAGCAAGGAAAAUACACUCUCGACGAAUACGACGCUCCUGUUUUUGCCUCUGGCUGCAUCGGCGAGAGCCUCACCAUCGCUCCUCCUACAGCAACCGUUUCUGCUCCAACUGGUGGCACCACUUCUGUUCCCCCUGCUGGUCCCGAUUGUGCCUCUCUCAGCUGCCCAUCAAACGACGGCCAGUUUUGCGUGGCAGAUGGAGCAACCUUCCGCCUGAACUGCAACUUGGUAUACGGCUCAACAAUUGAGAAUGUCUUCAAGUCUCGUAGUGCCGAUACCUGCACGAAUUCUUGUGCAUCUGAUGGUAACUGUGUUGGCGUCAAUUUCCUCUUCUUUGGGACCUUCAAUGUUGCCCUUCCCGACUGUUGGAAGUUUUCCGAUGGAGCUCCCAUGAAUCCUACGUCGGUUGGGAUCAUGGGUAGCUUCGUAAAAGUGAACUCGCAGCACAAGAGGAUUGACCUCGUCCGACGCGUCACGACGGUGGCUACCAGUGCUUCUGCCAGUGGCACUGCCAAUGCAAAGGUUCUUGUCAAGGACACUCUCACUUUCACGCCUUCUGCCGCUCCUACUUCUACUACGGCCACUUCAACUGAUGCUACAUCGACUACUGUCACUUCUGCGUCUUCUGCUACGACUUCUUCCACUGGCACUUCAACUCAUGUCACCGCAAUCAGCACCUCGACCAGCUCUCCCGAUUCAGCUCACGACACCGCUCCUGUCAUCAUCCACGACGCAACCGGUCACCUACUUAUCAAUCCCCAUGUAAACGGCAGCCUGUUCAUCUCUUCAGCCGACAGCUCCGUGUCAAUGACCAGCCUAACCAACGGCACCACGUUUGUAGCCGAUCUUACUAGGCCCAUGGUUAGCGGUGACUCGGCCGGCCGAAUCCUGUAUUACUUCCCCAGCACCAUCUCCGCCGUGGGUGCUUCACGACUGCGAUUGGGCACAUGGGAUGCCAUUCCCAUCGGUGCCGAGAUGAUUAUGCUGUUCCCUACAGUCACUAGCACGGGAGUGACGGUUCUUGUGGCCAUGGACAGCACUCAAAACAUCUUUUACCCUUUUGUCUGCGAUAUUGAGGGCCAGCUGAACAAGAUCUUCCUAGUUUCUGAUGGUGCAACUGGAGCAUCUAAGCUGAUGGAUCCUGAUUUGACUUAUACAGUUAUCGGAGGUGUUGCCCAGUCGUGCGUGUCACUCGCCAUGGUGGCCAAGGAUCUACCAGGUUGGAACCCGAAUCCUCCCAAGGCUACACCUACAGAUUAA